AUGGAGGCUGACCGAGGGGGUAAGAGAUCGGUGGCAAAGAGGUCGUCGUCGGGGGAGGACGGCGGCCUGAAGAAGGGCCCGUGGACGCCGGAGGAGGACGAGAAGCUGGUCGGGCACGUGCAGAGGCACGGGGAGGGGAACUGGAACAAGGUGCGCCGGGAGACGGGGCUGCUGCGCUGCGGCAAGAGCUGCCGUCUGCGGUGGGCGAACCACCUCCGACCCGACCUCAAGAGAGGCCCCGUCUCGCCGGAGGAGGAGCACCUCUUCCUCCGCCUUCACGCGCUCCUUGGCAACAAGUGGGCGCGCAUCGUUGCACACCUGCCGGGGAGGACGGACAACGAGAUAAAAAACUACUGGAACACGCGGCUGAAGCGGCGGCAGCGCGCCGGCCUCCCGCUGUACCCGCCGGAGGUCGAGCAAGAGGUCGCCCUCAUCCGCGCAGGCGGCCCCAACACCAUCCUGGACGACGCCGACAGCGACGCCAAUCCCCAAGGGUCGCUCCUCUUCGAUGCGGCCGACAACUCAUUCCCCUUGCUGCCGCUGCCGGCUGCCUCGGACUCGACGGCGCCGUCCUACCACUUCGGCGACGCCGCGCAGGAGCUGAACCAGUUCCCCUUCACCGGCGACCUUCAGAUCGACGUCACGGCGCUACCGCCGCACUACCAUGACGUUCUUAACCUCGACCUCAGCAAUCACCUGCUGCCGUUGCCGCCUAUUGCACACGAGCUCCCUUCUAUCCAAUCGGCCCCGAACACCGGCGCUCUGGUCGAGAUGUUCCUCCACGAGCAGGACCAGCAGCUGGCCGGCGCCAACCUCCUCAGCGUCGGGUCCAUGCCCGGGCUGGUCUGCCACGAAACCAACCCGGCGGCGUGGCUGCCCGGCGGCAGCAGCAGCCGAUACGAAGGCGACGUCACCUCGCAUUGCGUCCAAGGCGAGGGGUUUGGCCUUGGCGGGAAACGCGGCUCCUUCUUCGAUGAUGCGAAGCCCGCAAAGAGGAGGCUGGCAAGCGUGGCCGACGACGAGGAGAUGCCCAACCUGCUCGGCGUCUUCCCGGGAGAACUGAUCGGCAGCGACGUCGUCGCUGAGAGUAUGUUCCCGGCCAUCGGUAGCCAUGACUUCAACCUUGAGGUGCAGCAGCUCGUGUCUUCCUUGCCGAUCUCCGAUGAAUAUAACUGGAGCCCAUGA